GCGAAACAUCCAUUCUUGUUGUCGUUCGUCUGGACGAAGACUGUCACUACGCGGGCUGUCAGAGGAUCAUGCUGCAGCCACGGACGCGCGCGGUCUGCUCACACUGCCGCUCUCUCCUCUCUACCGUGCGCCGGACCUAUGCCACUGCGGUCCAAAAGCCCAUCAAAGACACCGCCGCCGCCGCUGCUGCCAUCAACACGCAAGAUGUCACCGCCUUCACGCCUCCGACUGCACCAAUGCCGAUGCGCAACAAGGUUGCGUUCCAGCUCAAGACAUACAAGCCUCGCACUCCCGGUCAGCGACACUUGCGUCGCCCUAUAAACGACCAUCUCUGGAAGGGCAAGCCAUUGCGCAAGUUGACCUUCACGAAGCUUGGUCAUGGCAAAGGCGGGCGCAACAACUCUGGUCGUGUGACCGUGCGGCAUCGUGGUGGCGGUCACCGGAGGAGGAUCCGCACUGUGGACUACGUGCGCGCCGAGCCUGGAACGCAUCUGGUGGAACGAAUCGAGUAUGACCCCAACAGGUCUGCCCAUUUGGCACUGGUGGAGAACGUCAAGACCAAGGUCAAAAGCUACAUUAUUGCCGCAGAAGGCAUGCGAGCUGGCGACACCGUGGAGUCGUUCCGAGCAGGCAUACCGAAAGAGCUUUUGGCAAGCAUGGGCGGCGUGAUCGAUCCGGGUAUUCUUGCUGCAAGAACAGCAUUCCGUGGCAAUUGCUUGCCUAUGCACAUGGUGCCACUUGGAACACAGGUCUACUGCGUUGGCUCGACUCCAGAGAAGGGCGCAGUGUUUUGCCGCAGUGCUGGCACAUAUGCGACGGUGAUUGCAAAAGAAGAACGGGGCAAGAAGGUCAUUGACGUGACUGUCAGAUUGCAGAGCGGCGAGGUGCGAAAAGUGAGCAAAGAUGCAUGUGCUACCAUUGGAGUGGCGAGCAAUCCACACCACCACUUCACACAACUCGGCAAGGCUGGCCGGAGCAGGUGGCUUAACAUCAGACCCACGGUUCGUGGUGUAGCCAUGAAUGCAGUGGAUCAUCCUCAUGGAGGAGGGCGCGGUAAGAGCAAGGGAAAUGUGCACCCUGUGUCCAUCUGGGGCACGCCGGCGAAAGGAGGUUACAAGACGCGCAAGAAGCGCAAUCCGAACCAGCAUGUUGUAGUGGAAAGACCACGCAAUCAAGGAAAGCGAAGAGCGAAGAAAUAGCGGGAAGCAUAUGUCACAGAAAACAUCUCAGGCAUUCCAUGUCCAUCAAGUCACAAAUCGAAAUGCCAUCUUCUUGUACAUGUAGUCACACCUGGUACCUAUUCUCAUAUU